GAAUUUAGUUUGGACUUGUCAUUUGAUGGGAUAUUCUUUUAGACUCAGAUCGUUUUUAAUCAUGUAGUUCGUGGCCGCAUAAUGGAUUUUCCUUUAGUCUGUAGUCAUAUUAGUAUGGUCAAUGCCAUCAGUGAUUACGAGGAUCAUCAUUGCUAAGAAUGUCGGGAACAAGGCGAUUGUCGCAGUCGCACGUCCCACAAGGGCCACAACAGCAGCAUAAUGGAGCAAAUGACCCAUCACAGCUGACUGUUUUCGCUCCGUUACCGUCCGAAGCCGAAUCCGCUGUUGGACAAAAGUCUUUUCUCUUCAAAGUGCUGAAAAAAGUAACAGGUACUUCCACUGGCUCUCUUUCAUCUGCUUCCAUUCCACAUAGCAGCUAUUCGCAGGCAGAGAUGCACUUGGGGAAUAAUUCAACACAAAAUGUGAAUGGAGCUUUGGCCAGACAGCGCCAUUAUCCCCGGUCGAUAGAUCCGCAUGGCAAGACCGAAGACGAAAUGAGGGAGCAAACGCCUUCCUCUGGAUCUUUUUUCUCUCCAGAAUCGUCAUUUCCUAGUCAUUCAGAGGCGGCUGUUGAGAAUGUACCAGGUGUUGCGAUGGCCAGAGGCAGUAAUAAAGAAGAGCAUCCUCGAAAUCUCGGAAGUGUGUUAGAGCGGAUUAAAUUUAUUCGUUCGAAAGGCAGUCAGAAUUUGCAGCCGUAUCGCGACAACGAUUUUAAGCAAUAUUGGAUGCCGGAUUCAUCUUCGAAAGAAUGUUAUGAUUGCGGUGAAAAAUUCACAGCUUUCCGUCGUCGUCGGCAUUGUCGCGUGUGUGGGCAGAUUUUUUGUACGCGUUGUGCUAAUCAGGAAAUGGACGGUCGUCUGCUGGGUUACAGUGGUACAAUCCGGAUGUGCUCCUUUUGCUCUCAGGUAGUUCUGGGUGUUGUCCGCUACUCAGAUGAUCCCUCUUCGAUGAACAACAAUCCUGCCCAAAAACAAACCGCCACAGAUGAUGUUCCGGAAUAUUCUGCACGUUCUUUGCGUUAUCAGCCGUUCAGUGGACAGUCAGAAUCCGAUAAAGGUACCGAAUUGUCUCAGCCGCAUCGGACGCACUCCAACGAUUUCCGUUCGUUACCGUUCGAGCAGUUACGGGAAAUUUGGCUCGAAAUGAACCAUAUCUCGGACGGAUUAGAGCUGAAAAUUCACCGGCACCGUUUUCGCGCAUUUCCUGAUUGUGUGAGCGGAGUGGAGAUUGUCGACUGGCUGAUAAAACGAAGCAUGGCACCUAAUCGUAAGAUGGCUGUUCGUAUUGGGCAAGGAUUACUAAAUUUCAAGUUUUUGGACUGUCUUACUGGACACGAUACCAUUUUUGCCGACGAAUAUGCAUUGUACAAACCUAAAACAGUGACUAACGAACUAGAGGAUGUGGGUAUAGUGUCGAGUGUGGAGGCGAUUGAUAACGAAGAGCCAACAUGGCUGCAAGAGAUACAGCAGUUAGGUGAGAUGAAGGCAUCCCAUUCGGAUCCCAGUUUUGACUACAGCGUUUCGCCCGACGUGCGCGAUCUCUUCAUCCAAGAGUUUGGUUCUGAAUUGCAGAAAAAAUUCGCCAAAAGAACAGACAGUAUGGUUAGCCUCAGCAGUCAAGUUGAUACUGAACAUCCGCUGACAGUUUCGAUAGACCCGUCGGAAACUGGCAGCGUUAAUCAUACUCCACCACCGUUGUCUCCUAGCACUUCUUAUGCCCCCAGUGUCAGUAUUCCGGAAGAUGUGGCUUUUGGAAAAGUUGCUGAAUUAGAAUUUUGGAAAGUGCCCGAAUCAGCUGAAAUCAAUUUCGAGUUGACGGAGAACGAACACGUUAUUAAUGCAUUAAAUAGCGCCUUCCAUCAUCGUAUUCGGACAUUGCUGAACGAGCUUCAGACUUGGGAGGGAUUGGACAACGAGUGGCAUGAGCAUAUCCUAGCGUUGGCGACCAAAGUGACCGAAAAUGUCAGUCCGUCGGUACAUGAAAACGGCGACGAGAUGGAUAUUCGCCAGUACGUUCACAUCAAGAAGAUUCCUGGAGGGAAACCAAAUGAGAGCCGAGUAAUUUUCGGAGUGGUCUGCACGAAACAUGUGGCUCACCGCAAGAUGCGACAGAACUUCAUCAAUCCGAAGAUUCUGUUGUAUAGUUCAGCUCUUGAGUAUCAGAGAGUGGAGCAGAAAUUUUCAUCUCUUGAACCCAUUAUGCAGCAAGAAGCCGAAUUUUUGAAAAAUUACGUGGCCAAGAUUUCAGAAUUCCAGCCCGAUAUUCUUUUAGUUGAACGGAAUGUGUCCCGUUUGGCCCAAAAUUAUUUGUUUCAAGAGGGUAUUACCUUAGCGGCGAAUAUGAAGGAGACGGUCAUGAGACGAAUAGCGCGAUGUACUUCAGCGGACAAGUUUUCCAUCAUUGACGGACGUUUCACGAAACCUCGUUUGGGCACCUGUGCGAAAUUCGAUGUUAAAUCGGUCGUACUGCCAGAUGGACACUGCAAGGCAUAUAUGACCCUGGAUGGAUGUCCAAAGCAUUUGGGAUGCACGGUUCUACUUCGGGGAUCAGAUAAAGACGUGCUUGUUAAAGUGAAAAAGAUUCUGCGGUUUGUGAUAUACUGCCAGUAUAACUGGAAGCUUGAGAAAGCUUUUUUGUUAGAUGAACACGCAAAACCACCCGAAGGAGGGGAUUUGAUUCGCCCCGCAUGCUGUGAAUUACAAGAUUUUCGCGAAACUGCGCGCUCGUUUAUGUCAUCUGUUUCGCCGUUUGUUCACAAUCUCAUGCCGUAUUUAGAGUGGGGCGAACAGCUAAAGGAGCUCAUACGAAAUCGCUAUAAUCUUCCUCCAAUUGUGUUCUGGUCCAAGUUACUAGACGGAUAUAAGUUUCCCAGUGUUAUUAACGAUGAUACGACAGCAGCUGGCAUGCCAAUUAUUUCCAUUAAAAACGGGACAAAGGGACCACAUCCUUUGCUGACCAUGAAAUUCACCACAGGUGUUAAUGAUGUUAGCAUUCAGAAAGCCUUAGCAAAUUUCCGUGCGUAUGGUGGACGAAUUUCUACCAAGCCAGCUCUACAACGGCAAGGCAGCCAGCACCAUGAUUCGUUUGUUGAGAAUUCUGACAGCACACCAAAUCGAACCGGUCCCGUGGAUUGCUUUGACAUUUAUCGCCACCAAAGACUGGCGAUACUGUGCAGCAUUCAUGCGUGUGAACAGGAAAAUAUCAAUGCUUCGUUUUGUGUCAUGCCAUGGAUACUGUUGAUAGAAUUCUAUGGCCGAAAUGACCUAACUCUCGGCGAUUACCUGGAGACAUUUUGUUUCCGGGAGGAUGCUCCUUGCCCUAACCAACAAUGUCACAGAAAUAUGAAAGAACAUUGUCGGAGAUUCGCUUGUGGCGAGGCUGUGAUCACCGUGACACUGAAGGAACUGGGUGAUGGUAAUAGUCAGAGUUUGAAGCGGCUUGUAACUUGGACAUGGUGCAAAAUAUGCGGCGACGUUGGGCCGGUCGUACCCCUAUCGGUUAAUAGCAGUGCGUUAUCUUUUGCCAAAUACCUGGAUUUGCGUUUUCACGCUUCCGCGUACGUAAGUGCCGCUUGUGUAUCUUGCCAGCAUUCGUUGCAUCGGGAGCAUAUCCAGUUCUUCGCGUUCGGCCGCACUGUGGCCGCAUUCAAACUGAAUGCAGUAAAAGUUCGUGAGAUUGCCUCCCCGCCAGCCGUUAUCGCUAUGGAUGACUACAGGAGCCUACCCGAUCGACACGAACUGAUCGAAAUGGUUAAAGUAGUAGCGGUCAAGGGUCACAAUGUUUUUGCCACGAUAAUCGAACUACUAAGUAUUGUCCAAGGCGGAGAUACAGAUGAACGGCUGCAAAAUCUACUGGCGACAUGCCGCACCGAGAAGCAGUUGUUUAAAGACCGACUGGAGUGCCUUCAGGUUAAAUUGGCUUCGCCAUUGCUUAAAUUCAGUGGGGAAUUACAACGCGAAGAAAAGGAACAACAGAGAGAUUUUAUUUGGGACAUCAUGGAUACGUUGACGAAUUUACGACGGGAGGUCACAGAGACGGCUGCCAAAUGGAGUGGAUUGUUGGCCGAAAUGAAGAAAAAGCAUGAAAAGAGGGGAGCUAUGAAAUCAUUUCAGUCGGCGCCUGAGUUGCUUCGCGAGGAAACCUCAGGUUUAUCUAUUCCGCCCGCCAUUACAGAAGAAAGUCCGCCUAGCCGAAAGUUUUCGAUCGAAGUUGGAGACAGCGAAGAGAAUGAAGAGUCUCAGGAUUCAGUACAACUGGACGAUAUGUCCCCAGUGCAUCAAGAACUCAGCGGGAGCGGAAUGCAUUAUAGUGUCACCUCAGUUGGUUUUGCCGGAAUGAGUGGAGAACGCGACCAUGUUGACAGUGGACUGAGCCGGACGCCGCAGACUGUUCGCAAAUCAGUUGGAUAUGCAAUCAAUGCCAUUCCGGUCCCAUUUCCUCCGAAUGAGCACUAUCUUGCUGGAGAUUGUGAGAAAGUGCCGGUAAUUGUUUACGACGACGAAAUAAGCUCGAUGAUCGCCUAUGUAUUGACUUCGAAGGACUAUGCCGAUCAGAUGGCAGAAUUGCAGCGGAACACCAAGAAAGAACCAAGACAGUCGCGAAAUGUUAGCGGUGAACCAGUUUCGAAUAACACCCCGCGACAAUCUACCUCAUCAACGGAUGGGCAGUCCAAGAACAGUGAGAGUGCGACAGUUUCAUUACCUGUGGAAUCCUCAGCUGUAACGCUUUCCGUCGAUGCUGAUGUUCUCGCAUCUACGUCUAAGCCGAGCAACAAAGCUUUAACCAAGAGUGCGCCUGUGUCUGAUACCAAGCAGAAUUACAUUGAAAUGCAGUUUGCCGAUUUUUGUGCGAAAUUCUACUGCCGAGUAUUUUUUCCGGAGGAAUUUCGGCAGUUGCGCGAUUUGGUUUUCCCUUACGGUGAAGACCGGUACAUACGUUCUUUGGCCCGUUGUGUUGCCUGGAAGGCUAGCGGUGGGAAAUCUGGCUCGACCUUUUCCAAAACGGCGGACGGACGAUUCGUUUUAAAACAGAUGUCGAGGUUGGAAGUGCAGUCGUUUAUGGAUUUCGCUCCGCACUAUUUUGCGUACAUGAAACAGGCAGUGAAAGAAAAGCGGCCGACUGUCCUAGCAAAAGUAGUGGGCGUUUACCGCAUCGGAUUUCGAAACUCCCAAACUGGAGCAGUUGCAAAGCAAGAUCUUUUGAUAAUGGAAAAUUUGUUUUAUGGCCGUUCAGUGCAACAGGCCUACGACCUGAAAGGGUCAUUAAGGAAUCGUUUGGCUACCACGGACGGUAAAGCCGAUUCCGGCUCUGCUGAAAUGGUCUUAUUGGAUGAAAAUUUCCUUAAACGAGCGUGUGAAAAUCCUUUGUACAUUCGACCACAUGCUAAACAGUUCCUACGAAAUGCCUUACGUACCGAUACGCAGUUUUUGGCCAGUCAAUAUGUGAUGGACUAUUCGCUGUUGGUUGGGGUGGACGAAGACAACCAGGAAAUUUUGGUUGGGAUUAUUGACUAUGUACGAACAUUCACUUGGGACAAACGCUUGGAGAUGGUCGUGAAAUCAGCUGGUAUUUUGGGCGGCGGCACGGGCGUAGCCAAACUGCCAACGAUAGUUUCCCCCGAGGUGUAUCGAAGUCGUUUUGUGGAGGCGAUGGAUGGGUAUUUCUUAUCCGUGCCUGAUCAGUGGUUUGGGCUGGCUAGGUAUGUUCCAGGAAUUUGAAGGCCGCGCCGCGCUACUUUUGCUUCCGGUACAAUGUUUGCCUUUCUCGUUUCCCUGUGAUUUUUUUAGUUUUGUAUCUCCAGUUCAGUUAGUUUUUAUGAAAUAAAAUGGAACGAUUCAGAUUUUUUCGGAAAUAAAGUUCGAUCGUUUAUAUUAAUG